AUGGAAUAUCAAAAACUUGUCAUCAAAAAAAAUCCUCGGGUUUUGUACAAAGAAACACCCGAAGCAAAAUACUGGAAGCGAUUCAAGUCACCGAUCCUGAUUAAAGAAUAUGGCAGUGUCACAUCCAUCAACUUUUCACCCGUAUCACCACACGAUUUUGCUGUUACAUCGUCCGCACGUGUCCAGAUCUAUUCGUCAAAAACGCAUCAAGCCAAAAAGACCAUUUCACGAUUCAAAGAAGUGGCCUAUUCCGGAUCGUUCCGACAAGACGGUAAACUGGUCGUCGCAGGCGAUGGCACUGGUCUGGUACAAAUGUUUGACGUUAAUUCUCGCGCGAUUCUUCGAACGUUCCGAGCACACACAAUGCCCGUCCAUGUGGCACGAUUUUCCAACGACAAGGCCCAUGUGCUUUCUGCCUCAGACGAUCAAACAGUCCGUCUGUGGGAUAUACCCUCUGAAUCCAGUGUGCAUGUGUUUGAAGAUCACGAAGAUUAUGUCCGUGCCGGUGUAGUAAGCGACGACAACCCGAACUUGAUUCUGACGGGCUCGUACGACCAAACCGUCAAAUUAUUUGACACCAGAACCAACAGCAGCGUCAUGACCAUGCAACACGGCGCACCUGUCGAAUCCAUCCUGAUGUAUCCUGGCGGUGGAUCUGCAGUUGUCUCUGCCGGUGGACCCACGAUUAAAGUUUGGGACUUAUUGGCUGGCGGACGAUGCAUUCAUGCCAUUUCUAAUCAUCAAAAGACCAUUACGAGCUUGGCAUUUAACAGCAGCGGAUCACGUUUAUUGACCGGUUCGCUUGAUCAUCAUGUUAAGAUUCACAAUGUUCAAGAUUACAAGGUUGUUCACAGCAUUAAAUACCCAGCACCUGUCAUGAGCGUCGCACUUUCACCGGAUGAUAGCCAUUUGGUGGCUGGUAUGGCAAAUGGAUUAUUAUCGGUUCGUCAACGACAAUACAAGAGCGAUGAAAAGGCAUCACAGAAGAAGAACCGGGAUUAUAUUGGAUCGGGUACUUAUCGAUACUUCAUGCGUGGUCAAUCAAGUACGGCAGAGGCAGCAGAUUUUACGGUUGAAGGUAGACGUCGGGCUAAGCUGUCAAAGUAUGACAAGUUUCUGAAACAACACGAGUACCAUAACGCUUUGGAUGCCGUUUUGGAGCCCACACAACGACAAGGAGCAUUGGUUACAGCCAUGUUGCAGGAAUUGAUGCAUCGUCAGGUGCUGGUGUCGGCGUUAUCAGGUCGUGAUGAUGUCUCGUUAGAACCCUUGGUCACUUUCUUGAUCCGACAUAUCAACACGCCGGCCUACACAAACUUGUUGGUGGAUGUAUCCGAAGUAUUACUAGAUAUUUAUGGACCAGUAUUGGGUCAGUCACCACUUAUUGACGAUCUGUUGCGGAAACUGUCUCGUAAAGUCAAUGGUGAAAUUGACUUACAGAAGGAUCUUAUCCAGGCUAUGGCUGCUUUGGAUAUGUUGUUUGCAAAAUCUACUACCUCCUCAUCAACUACCAGUACCAUUGCUACUGCCGGUACUGCAGAAGAAGUAAAAGCAUCGUAA